AUGACAAACCAAUAUUUUCCUAAAGAAAAGGCAUACAAAAGGAAGAACAGUGAUGACAAAAGCCUUACUUCAACACGGUACGGAUCGAUUGGGUCGAUUGAUGAAUAUCCGGCAAAGAUAAGAGACUGGGACGAAAACUUUGAAUGGACAGAAGAAGAAGAACGUCAAUUGGUCGCCAAGAUUGACAAACGCCUAAUGUCGUUCGUUUUGCUCAUGACAUUUGUUCUUAACAUGGAUCGGACCAACCUUUCAAAUGCCGUAUCUGAUAACCUUGCAAUUGAUCUUGGAUUUACCAACGAUGGUGUCAAUACAUCUAUCAUGAUAUAUUCUAUCGUAUUUGCUUUAUUUGCACUUCCGUCAAAUGCUGCAGUUAAGCAUAUUGGAGCUCAUAUUUGGAUUCCACUUCUUAUGAACUCUUGGGCAAUAGUAACAUGGGCACACGCCUUACUUCAUGAUUUUAAUGGGUUUAUAGUUAUAAGAAUAUUUAUUGCAAUAACCGAGGCUGGAUUUAUUCCGGCUUGUCUUUGCUAUUUGACUGAAUGGUACAAAUCAAACGAGCUUUCUACACGCUUAGCAUGGUUUUGGGGAGUUCAGGCUUUUGCAUCAGCAUUCAGUGGUCUUUUAUCUUUUGGGGUUCUUCAAAUGGCUGGAUUGGGUGGGCUUCAAGGUUGGAAGUGGCUAUUCCUUGUAGACGGUAUUGCUACGCAUAUUGUCGGAAUAAUUGCUUUUAUGUAUUUGCCAGCUUCCCCAGAAAGAACAUCCGGCUGGAUUCGUUCUCGCGAAGGGUGGUUUAAUGAAAGAGAGGAGCGCAUAGCAAUGCGUAGAAUUGUACGAGACGGCCUAACAAAACAAGAACAGGAAAAACCUAUAUCAAAACAAGAUGUUAUUCUUGCUUUAAAAGACACAAAGCUGUGGAUACACCUGAGUAUUGCCUUUCUCGGAAUGAUGCCAAGCAUCCCGAUCCAUAACUAUCUUCCGACGAUAGUUAAAGAGGCAGGAUUUUCGGCCACUGUAGCAAACCUAUUGACUGCUCCCGCGUACCUUAUCAACCUUUUGUUUUCGAUCCUUAUUGCCAGAGGAGCAGAAAAGAAUGGAAAUGUAUCUUUGUAUUCGCUUGCUGGAUCGGUGUGGGGUCUCCUCGGAUUUUUGACGCUUUUUUAUCUACCUGCAAGCACAGGUCGUUGGAGUAUAUACGCAGCUACACUGUUUACUGCUUCUGCACCUUCAUGGCACGGGAUGCAUGUCGCAUGGAUGUCGUCUAAUCUGGCGCCGGCGGGGAAGCGAGCUAUAGCACUAGGUGCUAUAGUCGGUGCAGCUAAUAUCAAUGGUGUGCCUGGUGCCCAGAUAUAUCAAUCCAAUGAUGCACCUCGUUAUCGGAGAGGAAAUGGCAUAUGCAUUGGACUUCAUCUGGUGGCUAUUUCUUUAUUCCUUGCAUUAAGAAGCCGGUAUACAUCCGCAAAUAGCUUGCGUGGGCAAAAAUGGGAGUUAAUGACCACCGAAGAAAAAGAUGUCUACAAUGAAACUAGUCGGGAUGUCGGUAGCGAUCGUCUUGACUUUCAGUUUAAGCUAUAG